CUUCAGUUUCUUUUCUCCCUUUUAUUCUUUGCAGUCCCUUCGCAAUCAUUCCCUCUCCCCUCUUAUUCUCUGUUGUUCCUCAAUCUCGUGGCUGAAGGAGGAAAAUCCCCGCUGUUGACUCAGGAACCUCACAAAACCGUCCCAUUUCCUAUGGAUCAUUCCUUGCUGUAUCACUAGCUUGCCUUCCACAUCAUGUAUCGUUGCGCCACCGGGAAGCUCUCCCUGAGAGCUGCCCAAGCUUCAAAGUCAUACGCUACCUCUUCCGCCUCCCGCUCCCUUGCCGGAACCCGCCAGAAUGCGUUGAUCGCUGGAAGAAAGCCUUUGGCCGUAGUGCCUCGGAGCUCACUGCAGCGCAGGAGUUAUGCCAUGACGGCCGAGGACACCAACAAAGGCGUCGACCCGAACGAUUCUUUCCUCCAGGGAAACACUGCCAACUACAUCGACGAGAUGUACAUGGCGUGGAAAGAAGAUCCCUCCUCUGUGCAUGUCUCAUGGCAAGCGUAUUUCCACAACAUGGAAGAAGGAAAGAUGCCCAUUUCUCGAGCCUUCCAGCCCCCUCCGGGUCUACUAUCACAAGCCGAAGGGGCAGCGAGCAUUGCGCCGAGCGCAGUUGCCGCAGGGGGAGAAGACAUUAGCAAACAUCUCAAGGUCCAAUUGCUGGUCCGAGCAUACCAAGCGAGAGGUCAUCAUAAGGCGAAGACUGAUCCUUUGGGUAUCCGUGGUGAAGCCGAGGCCUUUGGCUACCGCCGGCCUAAGGAGCUGGAGCUCGACCACUACGGAUUCACUGAGGCAGACCUGGACCAAGAAUUCAGUCUGGGACCGGGUAUUCUCCCGCGUUUCGCUACUGAAACAAAACAGAAGAUGAAGCUCCGCGACAUCAUCGCAGCCUGCGAAAAGACCUACUGUGGUUCGUAUGGCGUCGAAUACAUCCACAUCCCAGACCGCGAGCAAUGCGACUGGAUCAGGAACAGAAUCGAAGUUCCCACCCCAUUCCGGUACUCUGUCGACGACAAGCGACGUAUUCUCGACCGUUUGAUCUGGAGUUCCAGCUUUGAGACCUUUUUGGCCACAAAAUACCCCAACGACAAGCGUUUCGGCCUCGAAGGUUGCGAAUCUCUGGUCCCCGGGAUGAAGGCCAUGAUUGACCGAAGUGUCGAUUAUGGCAUCAAGGACAUCGUCAUUGGCAUGCCUCACAGAGGAAGAUUGAAUGUCUUGAGCAACGUGGUCCGUAAACCCAACGAGUCGAUAUUUAGUGAAUUCUCAGGAACCACCGAAGCUAGUGACGAAGGUUCCGGCGACGUCAAAUACCACUUGGGUAUGAAUUUCGAACGGCCUACGCCUUCCGGCAAGCGAGUGCAGCUUUCCCUUGUGGCUAACCCAUCGCAUCUGGAAGCCGAAGAUCCGGUGGUGUUGGGGAAGACCCGUGCUAUCCAGCAUUACAACGACGACGAAACCAAACACCAAACAGCCAUGGGCGUACUGCUACAUGGCGAUGCUGCCUUUGCUGCCCAGGGUGUUGUGUACGAGACCCUCGGUUUCUAUGCACUGCCCGCCUACUCUACCGGUGGUACUAUCCACAUCAUCGUCAAUAACCAAAUCGGUUUCACGACGGACCCUCGUUUUGCUCGAUCUACUCCUUACUGUUCCGACAUUGCCAAGGCAAUCGACGCUCCAGUCUUCCAUGUCAACGGUGAUGAUGUUGAAGCCGUUAACUUCGUCUGCCAACUCGCCGCAGACUGGCGCGCUGAUUUCAAAAAGGAUUGUGUUAUUGACAUCGUCUGCUACCGAAAGCAGGGUCACAACGAAACUGACCAGCCGUCCUUCACUCAGCCACUUAUGUACAAGCGAAUUGAGUCCAUUAAGCCUGUUCUCGAUAAGUACGUCGCGAAGUUGUUAGAGGAAGGCACCUUCACCAAAGAGGACAUUGAAGAGCACAAGAAGUGGGUGUGGGGAAUGCUCAAUGACAGCUUCGACCGCAGUAAGGAUUAUCAACCCACUGGCAAGGAAUGGUUGACCUCAGCCUGGAACGGGUUCAAGUCACCCAAAGAACUUGCCACUGAAGUUCUGCCUCACCCACCAACUGGUGUUCCGUCAGAUAUCCUCAAGGAGAUCGGCGGCAAGAUCGGCUCUGCUCCCGAGGGCUUCAAUGUUCAUCGUAACCUGAAGCGUAUCCUCGGCGGCAGAAAGAAGGCGGUCGAGGAUGGCAAGGGCAUCGAUUGGGCUACGGCCGAGGCUCUUGCUUUUGGCACUCUUUGUUUGGAAGGUCACCAUGUUCGCGUGUCCGGUCAAGAUGUUGAACGUGGUACCUUCUCUCAGCGUCAUGCGGUGCUCCACGACCAGGAAAACGAACAGACCUGGACUCCCCUUAACAACUUGGCCAAGGAGCAAGGCGCCUUCUCCAUCUCGAACUCGUCUCUCAGUGAGUUUGGUGUGCUCGGGUUUGAAUAUGGCUAUUCUCUAUCCUCGCCGAACGCGCUUGUGAUGUGGGAGGCUCAGUUCGGCGACUUUGCCAACAAUGCCCAGUGUGUUGUUGAUCAGUUCAUCGCAUCUGGCGAAGUGAAGUGGCUGCAGCGAUCUGGUCUCGUCUGCUCCCUGCCUCAUGGUUACGAUGGACAGGGACCCGAGCACUCAUCGGGUCGUAUGGAACGAUACCUCCAACUUUGCAACGAGGAGCCCCGGGUGUUCCCAUCAUCUGACAAGCUGGACAGGCAGCACCAAGACUGCAACAUGCAGGUUGCGUACAUGACCUCGCCCGCCAAUUAUUUCCAUAUUCUCCGUCGACAGAUGAACCGACAAUUCAGAAAACCGUUGAUCAUUUUCUUCUCGAAAUCGCUUCUGCGUCAUCCUAUUGCACGAUCCGACCUCGAAGACUUCACUGGCGAAUCUCAUUUCCAGUGGAUCAUCCCCGAUCCAGAACACGGUAAAGGCAUCGCCGAGCCUGACGAGAUCGACCGCGUCGUCAUCUGUACCGGUCAGGUCUAUGCUGCGCUGUCUAAGCAUCGUGCCGACAAGGGCAUCAAGAACACUGCCAUUACUCGCAUUGAACAACUCAAUCCCUUCCCUUGGCAACAACUCAAGGAAAAUCUUGACACCUACAAGAACGCGAAGACCAUUGUGUGGUGUCAAGAAGAACCCCUCAACGCUGGUGCUUGGAGUUUCGUCCAACCCCGUAUUGAGACUCUACUCAAUCAGACGGAACACCACAACAGAAGACAUGUCAUGUAUGCUGGGCGCGAUCCUAGUGCGUCUGUCGCCACAGGUCUCAAGGCUAGUCACGUCAAGGAAGAACAAGCAUUGCUCGAGGAGGCGUUCCAAGUCACGCAGGACAAGCUGAAGGGCGAGUGACUGGCCGGACAUACCAUGAGUGAUGGCGUGACAGGUGCGACUGUUGUCCUAUGAACACGUCUCGACCUUCUCAAUGAAGCAGAAGAAUUCUUGAGGGAAUGAUGAGGGCGGUCAGAAAGAAAGGCAUCGAAAAGCUCGUAUGUUGUACUACGGCAAGCUGCUGGGGACAUCAUCAUUCACAUGAUAUGCAUGGGUGGAAGUCAGAAUGAUGGUCAGCAUACGGUCGAUCAGUCAUGUUCCAAAUGCAAUUAGCUCUUGUGAGUCAGUGUUACCUAAUACUACUCGCUCAGUGUUUGAGAUGGGUGGCUGUUGAUGGUGAUGAUGAGAUGGUGGAGGCAGUGGUACCCAGUAUCCCUUACUACUGAAAUAGUGUUUGUCCCGUUAUAUCGAUAUUCCUGAGCAUUCAGCUUGAGAAUCAAAGAAGAAUAAUGAAGUACGAAAGCACUGCUGUACAUGUACCCCGUACGUGGAUACUUGUCCUUUCUUUUUUUUCCGG